AUGGCCCCUGAACAGUUGAAAAAUAGUUGGACUUCGAUGUGUGACAAACACGAAGAAAAAAUUUUUAUAAUCUUAUUGGUAGCUUCGUUGUCUCUGAAACCUCGUAUCCUUGUGACGAACUUUAUUUUUUGUUUGCUCGAUGUCACCUCAAAACAAGGUAUCAUACUGGUGGUGACCAUUCAGCCGGGAACCAAACAGGAUCGUGGAUCUUCGAGCGACCGGGCGCCCAGAAACGUCACCACGGUCGACACUCUCAUGGAUCUCGUGAGAAACAUGUUCCCUCCCAACCUCGUCGAGGCUUGCAUCGCCCAACACCAAACCAAGAUCGUGAUGGGACCCGGCAGUAAUUACGACGACAAGUACACCUGGAAAAUCGUGCCGUCGACGGAAUCGGGUACCAACAUCCUCGGUCUCGUUGUCUUUUCCACCGUAUUGGGAAUAACCCUCGGUAAAAUGGGAGGCAACGGAAAACCACUGCUCAGUUUCUUCGAGGCCCUGUCUACUGCCAUGAUGAUCAUCACUAACUGGGUCGUUUGGUUGUCGCCGAUUGGUGUCAUGUUCCUGGUGGCCUCCAAGAUCGUCGAAAUGGACUCCCUGGGCGACGUGGUCCAGCAACUGGGCAUGUACUUUAUGACCGUGAUAAUAGGCCUGUGCAUCCACGGUUUUCUGGUCCUACCCUCGAUAUACUUCAUAUUCACGCGCAAGAAUCCCUUCACUUACAUCUCCAACAUGGCCCAGGCAAUGGCCACGGCUUUUGGCACCUCCUCGAGCUCGGCAACCCUGCCCGUGGCCAUAGCUUGUCUCGAGGAUCGGAACGGCGUGGAUCCGCGCGUCACGCGUUUCGUCAUGCCCAUCGGAGCCACGAUCAAUAUGGACGGCACUGCCCUCUACGAGGCUGUCGCGGCCAUCUUCAUAGCCCAAGUUCGCCACACGGUCCUCAGCUUCGGACAAUUGGUUGCCAUCAGUAUUACCGCAACCGCGGCGAGUAUCGGUGCUGCCGGUAUCCCUCAAGCCGGCCUGGUCACGAUGGUCAUGGUGCUGGACACCGUUGGACUUCCAUCUGGGGAUAUUUCUUUGAUCCUUGCCAUCGAUUGGCUGCUGGACCGGUGCAGAACGACUGUCAACGUAGUGGGCGACUCGUUGGGCGCCGGUAUCGUCAACCACCUCAGUAGAAACGAGCUCGCGGCGCUUCCGCAUCACACCGGCCAGAGCCAGAGCCAGAACGGCGGAGGAGGCGACAACAACCACGCAACGUCGAUAUGAGACGAUGCCCCCACGGAGCUGUAAACUAAAUCCGAGAACUACAGCUGCGGGAAAAAAAAUUAUAAGUGUCGAGCGAGAGAUAACUCGAGCAAAAUAUAUAUAUAUAUAUAUACACAUAUAUAUUAUUACCUACAAAUAGGAGCGUGUCAAGCGCGCGCGUUUUGUUGCUGCGGAACUUUGUAUUGGGUGUUGGAGAAGAGAGGCGGUUUCCACUUGUGAGAAAUCGGCGAGUCAUUGUUUUAGAGAAGAAAAAAAGGGACGAUUUUUCGUAUUAUAAAAAUACAGCUGUUUUUUGUUUUGUUUCAUUGUAGAUGUACACCAUGGUAAUUCAAUUGCAGGGUUUUUGUUGCCUAUAGAUUUUUUUUUUUCAACUAUACUAAGAAAAACAGUAUACAUGUGUUAUAGAGACAAUACGUAAAAUAUAAAUAUAUAAUCCCGAGCGAGUCAGUUUGGGGAAGUUAACCAAGUAUGCCAAAUAAAGAAUGAGCAACAAAAAAAAAUGAUGCCAACGCACCAUUGAAGGUGCAUUUCCCGAAUACGCUUUUACAAUUUGUUUCGUGCCAUAUAUACAUAUAAAACCUGUACAUCGUUCGCACAUUGUUGAUUGAUUUUGAAUAUUUUUCGAGUUAUUUAUACAUUGUUCAAAUUAAUUUAACACAAUUUAUUCUAGUUAAGUAUGCAUAAUUUAUUUUACUUACAAAUCGACAACGAUCGGAGACUUUAAAAAUAUUAUCAUCAACAUAUAGUGUAAAUAACAGUUUGAUUAGACGGAUUUAUUAAAAUUGCUUAACAAAAAAAAAAAAAAGAUUUUAUUUUCCAAUAAUCGGUACAUCAUGAAAAUAUUUCACUAGUUUGUGAUGUAUAAAAAGUGGAAUCUUUUUUUUUUUAAUUCUAGUUUAACAAUAAUAUUUAUCAAAAAAUGAGCGUUUCAAAGUCUUUUUCUUCAAAUAUAUUAUUUCGUUUCCAAUUAAUCGUCUAAGUGUUCUAGCCACAAUAUGCUUACAUAAAAUGUGUUUUUUUUCUUCCCAAAUGGAAUUGCGCGUAUACCUUACAAACAAACAAAAUGUCGAGUUGAUAAUAGUAUGUACACGUGCAUGAACCAAACCUGAUUAGUAACAUCAAGAAUUGAUUACUAAAAUUAAACGCAAAAAUAUCACGAGCAUGCAUUGCAGCCGUGCUGUGUAAAAUAUGCAAAUAUGUGUGUAUUGUACAUAUAUAUAGACAAAUACACGCGUAGUUUAAUUAAUGAGCGUUUUAUUACGGUAAACGAGUAUACAUAAAUAUAUUUAUUAAUUAUUACCAUUAGCUAACUAGUAGUAACUUCGAAUCUGUAGGCUAUCGCAUUUUUAUAAUAUUAAUUUUAUCGCAUUACCAAACUAAACCUUGUAAUGCGUAAAAACAAUGAUUAAAAAGUCAAAAUUAGUGAACAAGUGCAAAGUUCAUCUUGCAGUAUAAAAAAGGCAUCAAGAGAAACAUAAAAUAGUAUAAUAUAAUCAAAAAAAUUUCGUUUCAAGUAAGUGUAAUUUUAUAAUAAUAUUCAAACAAGUAGUUUCAAAUUUUUUUGCUUGAAAAAAAAACUUGAUCAUUUAACCUUAAAUGUUGAAUAAUCAUAAUAUAUAUUAGACAUGCGAUUUUAACUAGUUAAAAAAAAUAGUAAGCAACGUAUAAACGUUGAUUGCUGCAUGAAAAACACGUAAAACAACAUGUUUAUGGAAAAUUAAUGAAAAAGUAUUGACAAAUAGCAGUAAAAAAUUAUAAAUAAUUUUACA